CAGGACCUGAAGGAGGAUCAGAAGCUGAUCAACUAGACACAGUCGACUGAAUGACGGGUUUUGGCUUAGCUUCGAUUUACCAUUGUUCGCACAUUUGGCACAGUCAACAGCUUGAUUUUAGGUGGAGUUCGGAUAUUGAUGACGUUGAGAUAGUGACAAGUAGAAACUGUCCACAAGGCAUUGUAAAUGAAGCUAUUGAGGAUGAAACCGUGGAAGAGCAAUGUGAUGUGAGCAUCGAAGAUGGAUUGGAUGUGGGAGAUGACGUUAAUUUGGGAGAUGGUGAUGGAGAUGGAGUGAAUGAGGGAGAUGGUGAUGGAGAUGGAGUGAAUGUGAGAGAUGGAGAUGGAAUCAAUUUGAUUUCCACCUCCAGUAGUGGAAAUCUUGAACCGUUUGUUGGGAAGGAAUUUGAUGAGGUUGAGGACGCCCAAGGAUUUUACAAGGCGUAUGCAAGACGAGGUCUUCUGCCAGUGUUUGAAGUUGUAUGGACUUUAUAUUCGCCAAACAUCUUGUUAAAUGAUGGUUCACUUGAAAGUAGAGAUUAUGAUUUGCAUAAGAAACCCAUAUUAAUAGAUAAGUUUUGCCAGGUUCUUAUUUCUUGGUUUUUUUAGUCAUUCAGUACUCAUUUCUGUACAUGGUAUCUUUACUUAUUUUAACAGCUUAACUUCAAGUCCUCAAAUCGGUACUGGAACUAUGGUAAAAGGAGAUAAUUUUAUAUUGCUUUUUAUUUUUUUAUAGUGGGGUGGGUGACAUUGUGUAGAGUAGAGGAGUUAUUGGCCUGUUGGAUAAGUCAAGUAGGACAAUUUAGUGUGGAGGUUGAUUCUGUUUCGUGUAAUGUUGUGUGUGAGGA